AUGGGAGCACUCGAAUUCAUCUGCGACUUGAAGUUUCACAGGAGUUUUGUGCUGCCACCAAAUCCUGAGGCUGGCAGACAGCGGCCCUACCGCACAACUUAUGCAGACUUUGGGGACGUUAACAGCAGCGCGGUUGUCCUAUUCUGCGGUGCGCUCUUUGGUCCCCGCUUGUGCUAUGCUCCUCUAGAUCAAUUGGCGAAGAGACACCAUGUCAGAAUCAUUCAUCCAGACCGACCCGGCGUAGGCGGCAGCGAAGCGGUAGAGCCCGAGAAGCGCAUACAGACCUGGCUUGAAAUGGUGCCCCAACUUUUGGCACAUCUCAACGUCUCUCAUGUGUCGGUCGCCAGUCACAGUGGAGGCGACAUCUACCUCAUGAAUCUUAUCCUCACGUAUCCGCAUCUGCUACAUCCAGAGCAUCCUUAUGUUUGUUUCUUCGCCCCAUGGGUCCACUACUCGCAUUCGAGGAUGACCAACUUGCUGGCCACCGAGUUACUUCCCGCGUCAAUGAUAGGGAAAUUUGGAGCGGUCGGCAGGUUCGUUAACCAGAACAUCAUUCCGUUAGUAGGCUUGAGCGGCGGGUUCGUUCACGGCAUUUCCGAUCCUUUGAUGCAUUCCAAUGCUGCUCCGGCCCCUAUAGCACCUGCUGGCUCCGGCUCUGAUAGAUCGUCAAACAGCUUCGAUAUGGACUCUGAAGAUAUCAGACUGGACGAUCCCCAGGUUGUCGACGAAGUUCGAACGCAUAUUAUGAAGUUCUUGUAUGCUGAGUCUGUGGACGGCGUCUCUCAUGAUGCCCAAUUGUUUCUCAAACGCUCUGCUCCGUGGAACGCCUCUGGUAUCGACUGGAAUGACUUUGACGAUGCCGUGGAGCUCCUGUCGAGACACAUUAGCGAGGAUAAUGGAGGCAAUAGAGUGUGGACCAUUGACUGUUUCCAUGCCGAAGAAGACCAGAUGGUUGGUGAGAAAGGAAAGAAGUGGUUCAGUAGCAUCUGGGUGCCUAGCACAGGCUACAAGUAUCGAGGUGAGGACGUCAAAGGCACAGAGCACAACUUCUUGAUGGACCCAGCAUUUGGCGCCAGCGAUGUAUGGCUCCAACGGGUCAGUGAGACAUGGAAGGCUCCAGAGGAUGAAAGCAACUCCUAA